CGUGGACACUAGGGGGCGUGGCCACGCACACGGACGCUAGCCCUGGACCACGGACGCCCGCCCUGGACCACGGACGCCCGCCCCUGGACCACGGACGCCAGCCCUGGACCACGGACGCCAGCCCUGGACCACGAACGCCCGCUCUGGACCACGUACGCCAGCCCUGGACCACGGACGCCAGCCCUGGACCACGGACGCCACGCCCUGGACCACGGACGCCACUCCUGGACCACGGACGCCAGCCCUGGACCACGGACGCCAGCCCUGGACCACGGACGCCAGCCCUGGACCACGGACGCCACUGGACCACGAACGCCCGCCUGGACCACGGACGCCACUCCUGGACCACGGACGCCACUCCUGGACCACGGACGCCAGCCCCCUUGACCACGGACGCCAGCCCCUUGACCACGGACGCCAGCUCCUGGACCACGGACGCCACUCCUGGACCACGGACGCCACUCCUGGACCACGGACGCCAGCCCCUUGACCACGGACGCCAGCCCCUUGACCACGGACGCCACUCCUGGACCACGGACGCCACUCCUGGACCACGGACGCCAGCUCCUGGACCACGGACGCCACUCCUGGACCACGGACGCCACUCCUGGACCACGGACGACAGCCCCUUGACCACGGACGCCAGCUCUGGACCACGGACGCCACUCCUGGACCACGGACGCCACUCCUGGACCACGGACGCCACUCCUGGACCACGGACGCCACUCCUGGACCACGGACGCCACUCCUGGACCACGGACGCCACUCCUGGACCACGGACGCCAGCCCUGGACCACGGACGCCAGCCCUGGACCACGGACGCCAGCCCUGGACCACGGACGCCAGCUCCUGGACCACGGACGCCACUCCUGGACCACGGACGCCAGCCCUGGACCACGGACGCCAGCCCUGGACCACGGACGCCAGCUCUGGACCACGGACGCCAGCCCUGGACCACGGACGCCAGCCCUGGACCACGGACGCCAGCCCUGGACCACGGACGCCAGCCCUGGACCACGGACGCCAGCCCUGGCAGCCCUCCACCCACCCUCAGGCAUCCCUCCGCCCACCCUCAGGCAGCCCUCUGCCCACCCUCAGGCACCCCUCCGCCCACCCUCAGGCACCCCUCCGCCCACCCUCAGGCAGCCCUCCACCCACCCUCAGGCACCCCUCCGCCCACCCUCAGGCAGCCCUCCGCCCACCCUCAGGCAGCCAUCCACCCACCCUCAGGCACCCCUCCGCCCACCCUCAGGCAGCCCUCCGCCCACCCUCAGGCAGCCCUCCGCCCACCCUCAGGCAGCCCUCCGCCCACCCUCAGGCACCCCUCCGCCCACCCUCAGGCAGCCCUCCACCCACCCUCAGGCACCCCUCCGCCCACCCUCAGGCAGCCCUCCGCCCACCCUCAGGCAGCCCCCCGCCCACCCUCAGGCAGCCCUCCGCCCACCCUCAGGCAGCCCUCCGCCCACCCUCAGGCACCCCUCCACCCACCCUCAGGCAGCCCUCCGCCCACCCUCAGGCAGCCCUCCGCCCACCCUCAGGCACCCCUCCACCCACCCUCAGGCAGCCCUCCGCCCACCCUCAGUCAUUUCUGUGGAGGGCGAGUGACCGUCAUCCGGACCCGGGACAUCCGGACCCGGGACAUCCGGACCCGGGACAUCCGUACCCGGGACAUCCGGACCCGGGACAUCCGGACCCGGGACAUCCGGACCCGGGACAUCCGGACCCGGGACAUCCGGACCCGGGACAUCCGGACCCCGGGACAUCCGGACCCGGGACAUCCGGACCCCGGGACAUCCGGACCCCGGGACAUCCGGACCCCGGGACAUCCGGACCCGGGAUACUCGGACCCGGGACAUUCGGACCCGGGAUACUCGGACCCGGGACAUUCGGACCCGGGACAUCCGGACCCGGGACAUCCGGACCCGGGACAUCCGGACCCCGGGACAUCCGGACCCGGGACAUCCGGACCCCGGGACAUCCGGACCCCGGGACAUCCGGACCCGGGACAUCCGGACCCGGGAUACUCGGACCCGGGACAUUCGGACCCGGGAUACUCGGACCCGGGACAUUCGGACCUGGGACAUCCGCGGCCAUGA